ACUUUUAGCCACAAUCUACGCAGAACUACGUUUCGUUGAAGAAUUUAUUUCGCUUCUUGCGAGUUCCAAUUACAAUUCCCCGACAAGUAAUUAUCUGGCCCCCGUUGUGAGUAUUUAAGAUCAAGACGAGCGUUUCUGGUUCAGUUUCAUGGUUGGCCAUUGACAACACCAUGCAGAUAUUGGUUGCUGUGUUCGCACUUAUUUCGGUGGCAGCAUCGGAACAUGCACAGGUUGUAAAUGUCAAACAAGACAAUAUUGGUAACUAUCAACUCAAAUACGACAUAGAUGGAAUUUCAAGAGUAGAACAACGUACGAUCGAUGGCAACGUUAACGGUGCAUUUUCAUUCAUCGAUCCACACGGAAUUGUUCGUAAAACGGUCUUUAUGUCUGGCUCGCAUGGUUUCCACGCGGCAAGUCCCGAUAUUCCCACACCGGUCCAAGACACUCCAGAAGUGGCUCUCGCCAAGUCUCAACACUUAGAAGUACUACGAGGUGCCCACUUAGCAAAUGGGAAAAUUGUACUUCCUGCUGAAAAAAUAAUUACUGCACCUCUAGAAACCGUUGUCAUCGCCAAGAAUGUGCCCGAAACCUUAUUGCUUAGGUCAAGUCAAAUUGGAUUGGGCGAGGAAAAAGUGCUUGCCACCAAAGUUCUAAGGACCGACGAAAUCGCCACAGAACGACUUCCCAUCGCCGAGAAAUUUGUUCAAACCUCCCCCAUACUGAGAACAACUCAGCUAGCGAUCGACUCACCAAGCCUAGUAAAGGGAGAAAUAUCGCUUCUAAGAACUGACAACAAUUUUAAACUGGAACCAGUCUCCUUCACCGAUAAAUUGAUUCAAACUUCUUCUCCUUUGGUAAGAAUCGGCCAGAUUGCCUUCGAAUCCGAAAAAAUUCUUGGAAACACCGAGAAAUUGGUACAAACCUCCGUGCCAUUGGUAAGAGCUGUAGAAGCGGUCCCCGAAAAAAUUGUCAGAACUGAAAUACCUGUCCUUAAAAGUGCCGACAUUCAAGAAAUUUUGAAACCCGCCGUCAAAACUGUAGAAACAAUCCCAUUAGUGACUUCUGAUAAGAGCGAAAUUCCGGUCUUUCGUACUUCGGUACCAAUUACACGAGAAUUCAUCAAGGCGGAAAUUCCAACUCUGAAAUCGGCUCUUACGCUGGGAGGGCUAGAAUCGUUGGGUGUACUAAAAGCUAAUUUAGAAAGUCCAACGUAUAGAGUUGUGGAACUCCCCGUCCGAGAAAUUGCUUCGCAUAAGCUUGUUACGUAUGGUGACAAGGUGCAAUUGGUUCGAAUAGGCAACGAGGGACUUGCAAAGGUUAUACUGCAGUAACAGUAACUGUCAAAAUGCAUUGCAAUGAGUACUGCAAUUUACGAAUAAAUUUUACAAAUGGA